CAGAGCAGAGAAUAUUAUUUUCCUUACCGGAAAGCAAAAUCCAAAAAACUAAAGGGAAAGAAAAAUAAAUAAAUAAAUAAAUAGAGAAGAAGACGGAGGAAUUUCGACCCCCUUAAUUAAUUCUUUUCGUCUACGGCUCUGUCCAAAAUCCUGCGCUCCCAAGUUAUUCGCUCAGGACUCGUCUUCUCUUCGCAGCAGGUAUCAUGGCUGUGAGAUUAGCCUUUGUGCUUCUCUUUAUGUUGAGUAUUACCUGGAACUCUGAUGCAAGACAGCUUUCUGAACUCCACCCAAAAGAAGAAGUUUCGAGGAAUGAAAAUAUUUGCACACUCUGUGAGGAGUUUGCUGCCGAGGCACUUGAUUACCUCAAUGAUAAUAAGACUCAGACUGAGAUAAUUGAACAGCUUCAUGAGAGCUGCUCUCGUAUGCCUACCUUCAAGCAGCAGUGCAUUACUUUGGUGGACUAUUAUGCUCCGCUAUUCUUCUUAGAAGUCUCCUCAAUUCAACCUGGGGAUUUCUGUCAGAAGGUCAAUCUCUGUGAAAAAAUGGCUCUGCUUUCUGCCGAAGUUAAGGAAGAUAGUUGUCAACUAUGCCACCAUGCUGUUUCAGAAGUGUUGGAAAAGUUGAAGGAUCCCAACACACAGAUGGACAUCCUUGAGGCGCUCAUGAACGCUUGCAACUCCAUGGAGAAGAAGUAUGUGAAAAAGUGUAAGAGGAUGGUUUUCGAGUAUGGACCACUGGUUCUUGCAAAUGCAGAGCAGUUUCUGGAGAGCAAAGAUCUGUGCACUGCGCUUCAUGCCUGUAAAUCAGAUGGGAUCAGCGCUCAGGAUUCCUCAUCGGAAACUAUAGUGGGGCUUUCCACAUCUUAAAGCUGGCAGAUUGAACCAGGUGACCUGAUCAAUGUGCAUGUGAAAUAGCAGUGUGCAUUUUCAUUCGAUUUCCGUUGUAUAUGUACACGAUUAAGAUCCAGGUGACUGGGAGAAAAGGGAAGAUCUGCAAGUCACCUCCAAGAUUGUUUGGUGUAUAUUGGUACUGGGUUGACAGUGAGUUACCAUACAGUGAUUGGUGGAGUUGCAUACAUUUUAUGGACUAAAAUUAUCUCUUGCUUGGCUUUCGCCUUUCUAAGAGACAUUAAUCUGAAAGUCCUUGGUCUCACCGUGAGACGAACUGAUA